AGCGAGAUUAUCAGUGAGAGACUAGGAGGAGUUGCGGCAAGGUCGAUACAGUAUCCUACUCUCAAAAGCACUGAAACACCAGAACACGGAAUUUAAUCGGUUUCCGGAGUGUGCUUCUAGUAAGUGGACGAGGAGUUGUCUCGUUGUGUUCUUAUCUUGUCUAUUAGCUUUUACAAGGAAAGAAAGUUUAUGUAUUUUCCACACUGAGCUUCUGGCAAGGCUAUCAUUCUCCAUUGUCGCUCUCCGCAUGUCUAGUGAUUUUGCCACCUAUUUGAGAGGCAGUACAACGUUCGCCUUUUCCUUAAUAGGAAUCACAUACUGCGCUUAUUAGGGAGCCAGACUGGCUUACUCUUUGAACGCUUCUUUGAACUGUUUAAACUGACCACUUAUGACAGGGAAGAACUUGGCUAUAGAAACGGUUUAGUUUUUAUAUUGCUCGCGAGUUGUGCCGAACAUUUUGCUACUCAGAGCUUGUCGAUACGCCGGUAAAAUUUGCCAUGUCAGCGCCAUCCUCAGAGCCUCCCGCUCUGGGAGAGACUCUCGCGCCUGAAAACGAGGGUCUGACAGUGGAUUUGGGCUUGCCUGCUGGUCCGACACCUAGCCAGAGUCGCUUCCAAGUAGAUCUUGUGGCUGAAGCUGCAGGCGCCGCCGCGGAUGACAAAUCACCCAACUCUGAUGCAUCCACGCUUACAUCUGGCGAUAAAGCCACUCCCAUACCCAAGGGCUCAGAGCCAGCGUCAGGCGGCGAGGAGGCAAAAGGCCGAUUUCGGGUGGUGAACUUUGCCGAUCCGAGUGCAGCAGAGAGUCCCCCAGAUGCAGUGCCCGCCGAAGGGUUUCAGAAUGGUGACACUGUGAUGAGCGAAGGAAGUCUGCAUUCUUCAACAGGAGGCCAGCAUCACUAUCACUACGACACCCAUACGAACACCUAUUACCUGAGGACUUUUGGGCACAACACCAUCGAUGCAGUUCCGAACAUCGAUUUCUACCGGCAGACAGCGGCGCCACUGGGGGAAAAGCUGAUAAGACCCACCCUUUCAGAGCUGCACGACGAGCUAGACAAGGAGCCGUUUGAAGAUGGCUUUGCUAAUGGGGAUGAGCUGACCCCAGCUGACGAGGCUGCAGCCAAGGAAGCAGCCGAGUCCAAAGGGGUGGUCAAGUUUGGCUGGAUCAAAGGGGUGCUGGUGCGAUGCAUGUUGAACAUUUGGGGCGUAAUGCUCUUCAUUCGCAUGUCUUGGAUCGUGGGCCAGGCAGGAAUUGUUCUCUCCUGUGUGAUUGUUCUCAUGGCAACAGUUGUGACAACCAUCACUGGACUCUCCACUUCUGCAAUUGCUACCAACGGAUUUGUACGAGGAGGAGGGGCAUAUUAUUUAAUAUCACGAAGUUUGGGCCCAGAGUUCGGCGGUUCCAUCGGUCUGAUCUUUGCUUUUGCCAAUGCAGUGGCCGUUGCCAUGUACGUGGUUGGCUUUGCCGAAACUGUUGUGGAGCUGCUUGCAGGUGUUGAUGCCAUCAUGACAGAUGAGCUCAAUGACGUCCGAAUCAUUGGCACCAUCACAGUCAUCCUUCUCCUGGGUAUCUCUGUCGCAGGGAUGGAGUGGGAGGCUAAGGCUCAGAUCUUCUUGCUGAUAGUUCUGAUUACAGCCAUCUUCAACUACUUCAUUGGUUCUUUCAUCCCUGUAAAGUCUAAAGAAGCUAUGGGAUUCUUUGGAUAUGAUGGCUCAAUCAUGUUAGAGAACCUGGGUCCGGACUUCCGAGGCGAGACAUUCUUUUCCGUCUUUUCCAUCUUCUUCCCAGCAGCCACUGGUAUUUUGGCUGGCGCCAACAUAUCAGGAGAUCUUUCAGAUCCACAACUGGCCAUUCCUAAGGGGACCCUCCUGGCCAUUCUAAUAACAGGAAUCGUCUACCUUGGUGUUGCUGUUUCUACAGGUUCCUGCAUCGUCAGAGACGCCACAGGAAGUAUGAAUGACACAGUUAGUUCACAGUUCAUGGCCAACUGCACCGACGCAGCCUGCAAAUUUGGCUUUGACUUUUCCUCCUGCAAGAAUGGUGAGGAGGUCUCCACGUGCCGGUAUGGACUGCAGAAUGACUUCCAGGUCAUGAGUGUUGUGUCUGGUUUUGGGCCAGUCAUAACUGCUGGAAUCUUCUCUGCCACUCUCUCCUCUGCCCUGGCUUCUCUGGUCAGCGCUCCCAAAGUGUUCCAGGCUCUAUGCAAAGAUAACAUAUACCCUGGCUUGAGCAUGUUUGCCAAGGGCUACGGCAAGAACAACGAGCCGCUGCGAGGCUACAUCCUGACCUUCUGCAUUGCUCUGGCCUUCAUCCUCAUCGCUCAGUUGAACGUCAUUGCUCCCAUAAUCUCCAACUUCUUCCUGGCCUCUUACGCCCUAAUCAAUUUCUCAGUAUUCCACGCAUCUCUGGCCAACUCUCCAGGAUGGCGUCCCAGCUUUAAGUACUACAACAUGUGGGUGUCCUUGGCUGGGGCUGUGCUAUGCUGCGUGGUUAUGUUCGUCAUCAAUUGGUGGGCUGCCCUGUUCACCAAUGUCAUAGUCAUGGGCCUCUACAUCUAUGUCAGCUACAAGAAGCCAGAUGUGAACUGGGGCUCAUCCACCCAAGCUCUGACCUAUCAUCAGGCUCUAACUCACAGUCUGCAACUCAGUGGAGUUGAGGACCAUAUCAAGAACUUCAGACCCCAGUGCCUGGUGAUGACCGGCUACCCAAACUCCCGCCCAGCUCUUCUCAACCUGGUCCAUGCUUUCACCAAGAACGUGGGCCUCAUGAUCUGUGGCCAUGUCCGCACGGGUUCAAGAAGGCCCAACUUCAAAGAGUUGGCCAAUGACCAGGUGCGCUUCCAGCGCUGGCUUCUGAGGAAUGAGACCAAGGCCUUCUACACGGCUGUGUAUGCUGAGGACAUACGACAGGGCACCCAAUACCUGCUCCAGGCAUCUGGACUGGGUCGUCUGAGGCCCAAUACUCUGGUGGUAGGCUUCAAGAAUGACUGGAGGGAUGGCGACAUGAACAAUGUGGAGACCUACAUCCAAAUGAUCCACGAUGCCUUUGAUUUCCAGUAUGGUGCAGUUGUUCUCCGACUGAAGGAAGGACUUGAUGUGUCCCACAUUCAAGGACAAGAUGACCUUCUGUCCUCCCAAGAGAAGACCUCGUGUAUGAAGGACGUAGUGGUGUCAAUCGACAUGAGCAAAGAUUCUGAUGGUGACUCCUCCAAGCUCUCGUCCAAGGCCACUAGCGUCCAGAACAGCCCUGCCAUCCAGAAAGAUGACGAGGAUGAUGGCAAAGCCCCGACGCAACCCCUGUUGAGAAAAGACAAAAAGAGCCCCACCUUACCAUUGAACACAACAGAUCAAAGGCUGCUGGAGGCCAGUCAGCAGUUCCAGAAGAAGCAGGUUAAGGGCACCGUGGACGUAUGGUGGCUGUUUGACGAUGGUGGUCUGACCCUGCUCAUCCCCUACCUACUGACCAAUAAGAAAAGGUGGAAGGACUGCAAGAUCCGCGUCUUCAUUGGUGGGAAGAUCAACCGGAUUGACCACGACCGCAGAUCAAUGGCAACCCUACUUAGCAAGUUCAGGAUAGACUUCUCUGAUAUCACAGUUCUUGGAGACAUCAACACCAAACCCGCCAAGGAGAACGUGACUACUUUUGAGGAGAUGAUUGAGCCAUUCCGGCUGAAGGAGGAUGACAUGGAGCAGGAGGCGGCGGAGAGGCUGAAGAACAGCGAGCCCUGGAGGAUCACUGACAACGAGCUGGAGCUCUACAGGGCCAAGACUAAUCGCCAGGUCCGACUCAACGAACUACUGAAGGAGCACUCGAGCACAGCCAACCUUAUUGUCAUGAGCAUGCCCUUGGCCAGGAAGGGAACCGUGUCCAGUGCUCUUUACAUGUCCUGGCUGGAGACUCUGUCCAAGGACCUCCCCCCUAUCCUCCUGGUCCGCGGCAACCACCAGAGCGUCCUCACCUUUUACUCUUAAACACACACACACACGCACGUUCUCCCUCUGGGACCACCCACACCUACUAUCCCAGUUCCAGCUUUAACUUAUAUGCACCACAAACACACUCCAUUGAAGAUAAAUACAGGUAGCCAUUGAUGUGAGUAAUGAAGAUGAUGAUAUUAAUAAUGAUUAAAGAAAUGUUGCCCCACUUUCCCCAUGUGUGAAAAGGGGAAUGUGGGUGAAGUUAGUUAACCCCCUCACUGAUAAAAUAUAUAUAUAUAUUUGUUUUAUGGUGGUUGUAGAAGGUGGGGUUCGUUUUUGCACCCCUCAGCUAUUUGAUCUCCAAUACUCCAAUAAUUUAUCUGGCAUGAAAGCACCUAUACACUGAGUUGACAUACCAAUUAUUAUUAAUAUAUUUAUUCAUGUAUUCAGAUCUGUUACUCUAAGUUAAGUGCUUUUUUAAUAGCAAUAAUCACCCUUUUUUCCCUUGUUUGUCAGGAGAGAACCAUGCAGAAUUCUUUUCAACACCUUUUAUAGAAUUAUGGAUGUGCCUUCCAAAUGAAUCAAAUUUAAUUACACUCUCCCCAGAUAUUGCCAGGAUGAAAUACACAUAAAUGGAUAGUUAUUUGUUAUUGGUUUUUCCUUUAUCUUUUAUUUUAUUUUACUCAAGUUAAUUGUAUAAAAUUAGCAAGGCUUGCUGACUUGAUGGCAACUCUGAUGGUUCACUUGAUGGAAACAGCUUUUUUCUUUCUCUUAACUAGUUGGUUUCUUUACUGGGCCUUGGUUUGUAAUUUAGUUUAAUAAAGAUAUUUUAAGUCUUCCUUAAAGCUGUAAAAUAAAAUGUGCAGUGCUUCUGCUAUCUUGAAAAUAGAAAAUAUAAUUUCAAAUUGCAAUGUCCCCAGAAUUGCAUUUUUGUAGAACUGAAAGUACCAUCCUGAGCUAAUUAUCUUAAUUUAAUAUUUUAAAAUUUAAUAAAAUUUUAAUUGCCAGUUGCCUUCUACAGCUGCUAGCACAAGUGUUUUUAAUAAAACUAAAGAAUGCCCCAUUAUCUUAUGCCACCUGAAUUCACAAGUUUGGAUUGAACUUCAUGUCCCUUCAUUGAAGUGACUCUAAAAACUGGUAUAGACCUUCAGCCAGCCUAUUUAAGACCAUGCCUUAAUGCUUGUAGUGUUGAUUGUCCUUUUUAUUUUUAUUAUAAGCCAUACUGGUUGGAUGAUUGAACUAAUUAGUAUACUAAAGCUAGCUAUGAAGGAGUAGAGCAGAAAUGGAAUGUAAUGUCAGUCUUUAUCCAGUAUUUUGUAAUCAACUGUAUAUGCAUGUACUUCACAUGUACUGUAUAAACCAUCAUUAUUUUGUCUUCAUUUCACCCCCAUUAGUGUGUUACAAUAGCGCAGACUGGAAUUUGUGCUUGCUGCAGGUUAGGCCAUUGCUCAGAAAGUGCUGAUUCGUGUUGAUGCCUUUUUUGUCAGCGGAGUGGCAUUAACUCAUUCUACAACAAACAAAGGUCCGGGACAUAUAAUAAGCUUGACCAUUUGCCUGUCGGUCUAUUUGUCUGCCAGCCAGAUGUACCUAGUUGUUAAAAUAAUUGGAGGGGGUGCAAGUGGGAGCUAUGGAUAAGCAUGUUUUGAAGUGGAUACACAUUUUUACCUCUAUGCAGUUGAGCUACUGUUUGAGUACUUCUGAUUUUAAAUACCAAUUUUUCAUUUAUAUUAAAGGUAAAUUCACUUCACACUCAAGUUGGACCAUUUAGGCUAGUUAAAAUGUGUCUGCACAAUUAAAUCCUGGUUUUUAAAGAACUAGUAGGGCCUUUCUCACAGGGCUGCAAAGGGUCCAAAGGAGGAGGCUAUGGUAAUGUCCUUUUCAAGGUGUUUUUAAGAAUAGCCACUGCCAUCAAACUACUGGAUCAAAACAGGGUCAUUUCUGUUCAUAAUGCACAUGCCUUACACGCUGUCCAUAGGUCAAAUACUGUACGUCAAAUAUAUUGUCAUCCAAUUCUUACCUAGUCCCCAUUUAUGCAAUUUCUAAAGAAGAAUGUGACUCUGGCGCACGGUUUCAGUUGAAUGUAAAUCUGAUCAACACAUAGUGGCCGAUUAACUUGGGGAUACAGUCUUAACAUCUGCAGAGUUUCUAUUUUUAUUUAACUUCUGCUGUGCGGGUUUCCUCAUCUUGACACACUACAGCCGUUUCCAUUUCAACUCCACAUGGAAAAUGCUUUGUAUUUCAGGUUAAUGUGUGAUUAACACAGACAUAACUGCAUCUCCCCAUCCAUUAUGUGGAAAAUGAAUAUGGCAUUAUGAACGACUGUGUGUGUGUGUACACACAUACACACUAGUGUAUCAAAAUAUUAUUUUAAGUUUGUGCAAAGCAUGCAAUUGGUUAUCAUUUUGUAAUGGGUUGAGUGGGAUUGUAACAGCUUUUUAGAUUCCAGAUGGUGCAGUCUUACUAACUGAUCUGUUCAGUGUGAAAUAUUCCCUCAGUUUCUCUUACAAAGCAACAAUGUUACAUAAAAAAACGGGUUACUCUGCAUCUCUUUAUAUCUAUAUACAUAUAUAUAUAUACAUACAAAAAGUUAGGGUGUCUUUGUCUAACCCUAAGAUGACACAUAAACAAAUAUUUCCGUUGAUAUGUUACAACCAAAUAAUGUGUUUGUGGGUGGGUGUUUUUCUGUUGCUGUAUAGUCACACAUUUAGAAUGUGGGGGUUGUAAGAAGUCUCAAUACUGUAGCCUUCCCCCCCACCAAAAUCUAUUUAGCUGACCUGACACUACUGUGCUCUGUUUAAGAGACCAACAAUGUUGUCUACUUAUUUCCACAAUGCUAUGUUCAUACGUCUUCAUCCUAUGUAUUUGUAGCCAAAGCCCCUCUUCCCUCUCCUCACUUCCAUCUGUUGUGAAUUGUGAGCCAUGACUAUAAAUGAAGAGAAGUAAUGGUCAAACUCAUGACCAAACAAUCCCCUUAGUUCACACUGUAAACGUUUGAAAAAACUAACCUGUAAAUAAACGUAGUGGUCUAACAAGAUAAAUUAAGGGAGUGGAAUAUUAAUGGCAAACUAAUAUGGAGAAAUAUUUAUUUUAGUUUAGGAAUUUCUCCAAGUUUCAAUUUUCUUUUUGUUUGGUUUUAAGUUAAUUUGCAUGUAAUUUUUUUUCUUCUAUUUUGAUCUUUAGAAAUUGUCUUUUGGUUUCUUUUUUCAGUCUGUACAUUUCUAUCUUUUAUAUGCCUUCAAAGAAAAGCUGUGUUGACAAAAGCAGUUCAACGGGAUUUACCCAGCUAGUUGAAACAGUAAUGUUUUGAUAUACUGUACUGUUAACUGUCACAGAUAUGCUUUUUUCUAACAUUUUAACAUUUAAGGUUAUUAAUACUUUGUAUAUCUUUAUUGCAAUAAAUAAAUCAAAUAAAUACAUUUUGAUUGAA